UCUCUCUCUCUUUAAUCGAACCUUGACCAGCACACUCACAUCCCUCCAAUUGACCACAGCGCCUUCUCUCCAAUACUCUCACACAUAUCAUGGCAUCCACAACGAUUACCCUCACGCCCGCCUCGCCCUCAUUCGUCUACACCUUCACACCCGAGCAGCUGCAACAGCCCCCUUCGCCCUCGAAGCCCUCCUUCCAGACCCCCUCCUCCACCUCCUCCAAUUCACAGCAUGCCAACCGCCACUCCUGCCCUUCCUCCAACAACCUCUGGCAGCAGCACCAGCAGCAGAUGCAGCAGCUCCAGGAGAAGCCAUUCCAGCCCUCGCCUCCCCCUGGCCGCGCUGGAGGUCCCAGGCUGAGCCUCGACACGUCUCAGGAACGCCUUCAAAAAUUCACUGUGGUCCAGCACAACAACCAGAGCUACCUCAAACUGUUCACCCCGACUCUUGUCGAAUCUCCGGUCAGCUUCUUGAGCCCGACCCAGCUGCUUGAUGAUAAGAAGCUCUGGGAGAACGGGCCGAAUGAGGCCUUCCAGAAGAAGCUGGAUAUGGAGAAGCGCGAAGUUUACAAAGGUAAACCUCAUUGUAAAAUUCGCCCGUUGAAUACCGAAACAUGGUUGACUCUGGCUUUUUCCCAUUUUUGAAUUCUCCAUGGCUUUUCCGAUACCCUCCCCCCCCCCCCCACUUUGGAUAUUACUUGUUGUCAACCCAAUCUGCACAAAAUGGCGAUGCAGGCUAUGCGUUGGAUGCGCAUCUCCCUUGAUCAUUGACUACAGCAUAGCCCUCUCACUUUCUCUAUGGGCGGAGCAUACGCCACAUGCUGCGCUCGGGUUUCUGUAUAAUAUUUGUAUUUCCCUCCCUCUUUAUUCAGUCA